ACGGACCCCGAGGUUGUGGGUGCCGCGAAAUGUUCGCCGGGUUGCAGGAGCUCGGGGUGGCCAACGGGGAAGACUUGAAGGAGACGCUGACGAACUGCACGGAGCCGCUCAAGGCCAUCGAGCAGUUCCAGACGGAAAAUGGCAUCCUGCUACCCUCUCUCCAGUCUGCUCUACCGUUCUUGGACCUCCACGGCACCCCCAGACUGGAGUUCCACCAGUCCGUGUUCGAUGAGCUGAGGGAGAAACUACUGGAGAGGGUCUCAGCCAUUGCUUCUGAAGGAAAGGCCGAAGAAAGGUACAAAAAGCUAGAAGAUCUGCUGGAGAAGAGCUUUCCCUUAGUCAAGAUGCCGUCUGUACAGCCUGUGGUGAUGUGUGUCAUGAAAUAUCUGCCCAAGGUUCCGGAAAAGAAGCUGAAACUGGUGAUGGCCGACAAAGAUCUGUACAAAGCAUGUGCCAUGGAGGUGAAGCGUCAGAUCUGGCAGGAUAACCAGGCCCUGUUUGGUGACGAGGUAUCUCCGCUGCUUAAGCAGUACAUCCUGGAAAAGGAGAACGCCCUGUUCAGCAGUGAUCUCUCCGUCCUGCACAACUUCUUCAGCCCUUCUCCCAAAAUGAGACGCCAGGGAGAGGUGGUCCAAAAGCUCACCCAGAUGAUCGGGAAGAACGUGAAGCUCUAUGACAUGGUGCUGCAAUUCCUGCGAACCCUGUUCCUCCGGACGCGCAACGUCCAUUACUGCACGCUGCGGGCGGAGCUCUUGAUGUCGUUGCACGACCUGGAUAUCAGCGAGAUCUGCACUGUCGACCCCUGCCACAAGUUUACUUGGUGCCUGGACGCCUGCAUUCGGGAGAAAUUUGUCGACAACAAGCGCGCUCGAGAAUUGCAGGGUUUCCUCGACGGAGUGAAGAAAGGGCAAGAGCAAGUCCUGGGGGAUUUAUCCAUGAUUUUGUGCGACCCGUUUGCCAUCAACACCUUGGCGUUGAGCACCAUCCGACACUUGCAAGAGCUGGUUGGGCAGGAUAUGUUACCCAGGGAAAGCCCUGAUCUUCUGCUUCUGUUGAGGAUGCUGUCCCUGGGUCAGGGAGCUUGGGACAUGAUCGACAGCCAGAUCUUCAAGGAACCCAAAAUGGAAGUGGACUUGAUCACCAAGUUCUUACCGACGCUGAUGUCCUUCGUGGUGGACGACUACACGUUCACCGUCGAUCAAAAGCUGCCUUCAGAAGACAAGGGCCCGGCGCCUUACCCAACUGCCAUCCCGGAAAUGUUUCCGAAGUUUCUGCAGGAGCACCGGAUUGCCUGCGAGAUCGGGCUCUACUAUGUACUCCACAUCAUGAAGCAGAGGAACAAGAGUGCCUUUCUCCGGCUGCUCCCAGCCCUGGUGGAGACCUUCAACGACCUGGCCUUCGGGGACAUUUUCCUGCACCUGCUCACCAGCAACCUCACCCUCCUGGCGGACGAAUUGGCGCAAGAGGAGUUCUGCGCCAGCCUUUUCGAUGGCUUCUUCCUCGCCGCGUGCUCAAGGAAAGAGAACGUGCACCGACACGUGCUCCGGCUGCUGCUUCACCUGCACCACAAAGUCGUGCCCGCAAAGUUGGAGUCUCUGCAGAAGUCCUUGGAGCCCACCAAACAGAGUGGCGAAGCCGUGAAAGAGCUCUUCAACCAGCUUGGGGAUAAACUUGAACUCCGCAAGCCCAGCCCGGCCCAGGUGGCCGACUCCCAAUCCAUGGACGUGUCCCUCCCAGCAGUGCCCACCCCGGCCUCGCUUUAGACCACGCUUCCCCUGGUCCUGCAGAAGAGAGUUAACUUUUCCUCCUCCAAUCACACAUUUCAUUCCGGAUCCCAACUGGCUGGAACCCUUGGCCGUCUUAUGGACACUUCUCAGCCUGCCUGGACUGCGUCAUCUCAUCCAGUUUGUCUCCGCAGAAGUCAGCUUUGCCAACAAAGAAGCUCUUCCGGAGAGACUCUGGUGUGUCUUGGGGGCUUUCCGGCCAGGGGAACGGGGAGAGGAGGAAGGACCGGAUAUAUUUUUUCUAAAACACAGAUGUCAUGUUAGAUGUGUGCAUUAUUAUUAUUUUUAAAAAAGUCUGGUAAUUUAAUUGAUGAAUUAUUUGUGAAGCUUGGUUUCUUUCCAGCAAGGGCAAAGAAAUAAAGUUUCACAGACUUAA